AUGGACUCUGCCCCUCCUUCAUAUACCUCGUCCUCUGCCACUAAUUUCAAGCUCAACCUCCUCUUCCUGGCCGCUACUGGUGUAGCUGGUGGCGGUGCUCUCCUCAUCUUUUCAAAGCUCAGGCCUUUACUUGCUGAGGAAGAGAAGGAGAAGAACAGCAAUGCUGCAUCUAACUUCGCACCCUCGAUCGAAGAUUCGGAAACUAGACAUUCCAAUCGCAUCGUUCGUAUCUGGAAUAGCCUCGCUCGCUUCUUCCACAACUUUAUCUUCGAGCCUAUUGGUACCGCCAAGCGCUUCAUCGUACUCUUCUCACUGUUCUUCCCGGUUCUUCUCACGAUUCCCAUGCUCUUCGUGGGACGCAAAGGAGCCUCUACGACCCAGAAGCGUAAGGGAUCGAAUGGAGACGACUAUGUAUCGAAGAAUGAGGAGGACAGAUGGGGAGCACUCUGGUGGUAUGGCUUUCUGGUCAAGCAGAUGGAGAGGGCCGGGCCAACGUUCAUCAAGCUCGCGCAAUGGGCAGGGUCUCGCCAAGAUCUGUUCCCUGAUGCCUUGUGUGAACGCCUCGGCAAGCUCCACUCCAACGGCAAGCCUCACUCUUUCCGGUACACUAAGAAAGUCAUUGAGAGCGUCUUCGGUCGCAACUUCGACGAAGUUUUCGAAGAAUUCGGAGAGAAGCCUUUGGGAAUCGGAGCAGUCGCCCAAGUGUACAAGGCUAAACUGCGACCGGACGUCAUCCCUCCUUCUGAGGCGAAGCGCAUGAAAAAGAAGAGGAGAUUUGGAAGGAGCAGCUCGCCGCCUCCGCAAGUACAGCCCACUGACUCCGCUCAGAAGGAUACGAGUUCUGCUCUUGAGGUCCCGACGGCCUCUGUUGCCAUCAAGAUUCUGCAUCCCAAGGUCCACCGUACAAUUGAGAGGGACAUUCGCAUCAUGACAUUUUUUGCCAAGGUGAUCAACGCUUUCCCAGGAGCUGAGUGGCUGUCCUUCCCAGAAGAAGUCGAAGUCUUCGCAGGUAUGAUGUUCAGUCAGCUUGAUCUCCGCAACGAAGCCAACAACCUUCUGCGCUUUGGCGAGAACUUCUCGACGAGGACCGACCCUAUCUCAUUCCCCCGACCGCUGUCUCGCUUCUCAACUAAAGAGGUGUUAAUCGAACAGUACGAGGAUGCUCUGCCGCUCAAGCAUUUCCUCAACAACGGAGGUGCUGGCUUCGACCACCGUAUCGCUACCUUGGGACUCGACACUUUCCUAUACAUGUUGCUCCUCGACAACUUCACUCACGCUGAUCUCCACCCCGGAAACAUCAUGAUCAAGUUCUAUCAUCCCUCCAAGUCGUCACAAUUUGAAGCGUUCGCAGCUCGCAUGAUCGCACCUUUCAACAGUGAUUACGCUCUCGGAGGUCCGAAAGGCCCCAAGAGCGCAGACGAUCAAGCAGAAGAGGAUGUCGUGCGCAACCUCAACAGCAUCAAGCACAAUAAGCAGGCUUGGUUGGCAGAGUUGGAUCGGCUUGACUCACAGGGCUAUCAACCCGAGCUUGUGCUGCUCGACGCUGGUCUAACAGUGGAGCUUACGCCGAAGAAUCGGCGCAACUUCCUCGACCUCUUCUCUGCCGUCGCACAAUUCGACGGUGAAAGAGCUGGUCAUCUGAUGGUAGAGCGAUGCAGAACACCUGAUCUCGUCAUCGACAAGGAAGGCUUCGCUACAAAGAUGUCAAGUCUGAUUCUGAGUGUGAAGAGCAAGACAUUCAGUCUGGCAGAGAUCAAGAUCAGUGACGUCCUCAGCCAAGUGCUGAUGGCGGUGAGAGACCACCACGUCAAGAUGGAGGCCGACUUCGUGAACACGGUGAUCAGUAUCCUACUGCUAGAGGGAAUUGGAAGGCAACUGGACCCAAGCAUGGAUCUCUUCAAGUCUUCGCUGCCCAUUUUGCGUAGUCUGGGACGUCAGAUCAGCCGACAAGAGGCCUCACGAGGUCUGCAUAUGCCCGACUCGGGCCAGCUCAAGGACCUCUCCCCGAUGAUCAAGGUGUGGUUCUGGCUCGAAGCCAAGAGUUGGCUCGAGUCUCUCGCCGGCACUGAGGUCAUGUUGAGCACCUACGACUUUGCAUAA